CAAACACACUCAGACCUUCCAGUCCAGCAAACCUCCUCUCUCUCUCUCACACACACACACACACACAGCUGCAAACGAACGACUGUAAUCCACUGAUCUGCUCUCCACAGCAGCGUAUCCAGAGCGGGAGCAAAGAGAACCAAAUCCGAACCGCUCUCAUGCAGUGCUAUAUUCUUCCUCUCCUCCUCAUCCUCGGGGUGAGGGACGGACUCGGGUCCCCUCUGACAUCGAGCCCCGGCACUACCGAGGCCCCCAGCGCGCCGCCGGACCCCUGCGAGGGCAGACCCUGCCUGAACGGGGGCGCCUGUAGUCGUGUGGGAGAGAUGGAGGAGAGUCAGAGCACACAGAUGCAGGCUGACUUCUGGGCUUAUACGUGCAUCUGCGGCCAGGGCUUCACUGGACAGAACUGUGAGUUUUUUGCAGAUCCAUGCGCCAGCAGCCCCUGUCUCCAUGGCAACUGUAGCCAGGACGUUGAGGGGGAUGGGUUUGUGUGCGAGUGCAGUGAGGGUUACAGCGGGGUCCGGUGUGACCUGCCUACUUUGACCUUUGACCUGUCCGAGUCCACCUGGGACCUCGCCGAGAGCCUUGUACCGGAACAUGCCACGCCCGCCACACCCGCCACACCUGCGACCACCACUCAAGUGUUUCAGCCAACCACAGUCCCCACCACUACUCAAGCUCCGCCCACACUGGAGCCGUGGCGACCCAAACCGGGUCAGAAAGUGGUGGAAAUACUGUGGGAGGAUCAGCAGGUUACUGAUGAAGCCGAAUGUGUGAGUACCGCAGGAGGUGAGUCUGCCGGAAUGAUGACUGUUUCCAUGGAGGUCACCGAGGAAACAGCUGUGAAGUUGGUGGGUAAUGUAAGUGGCUCCGCUGUGCUGUGGCGUGUAGGUGAGGCUGGUUAUGAGCAGUGCUCUGUUGCAGAUGGUACAAUCAUGUGGUUUCAGCAGAGCUCAGAUGGCCUGGUGCUCCCUGACCAGUCCCUGCCAUUCGGACACAACUACUUCAUCAGUGUGUUGCAUGUUGGUGCACCCUCUGGUCCAGAGGUCACUUUGAGGCUGCAUCUCAAUGUAAAAACCAAUAACUGUAUGGAGCCCGGAAGUGGAUUCAGUGACCCACAAUGCUCUGGAAAAGGAAAAUGCAUCACCCAGUCCUCUGUGGACACAUUUUACUGCCAGUGUGAUGAUGGGUACUCUGGGAUCUUCUGUGAGGAGUUUGACGCAUGUCACCUGAAGCCCUGCGAGAACAACGGCACCUGUGCUGACCUCACACAGAGAGAUGAAGGACAAAACUACACCUGUACCUGCCAACCAGGUUUUGAGGGAGACCGUUGUCAGUCAUUGGUCGAUCACUGUGUUUCUGGACCCUGCAGGAACGGAGCCACUUGCUCCAGCAGCCUAGAAGGACCUCACUGCUAUUGUGCUGAAGGGUAUCAGGGUGCCAAGUGUGAGCAGAAGAUUGAUCCUUGUGCUUCUGGGCCCUGCCACAAUAAUGCCAGCUGCUCCGCACAGGGUGCCGGUUUGGGCUUCAGCUGCACCUGUCCUACAAGUUUCACCGGACCUACCUGCGCCCAGCUUGUGGACUUCUGCGCCCUCAACCCAUGCGCUCACGGCAUCUGCCGCAGCAUCGGCACUAGUUAUAGGUGCCUGUGUGUACCAGGUUAUCAUGGUCUUUACUGUGAGGAGGAGUAUAAUGAAUGCGUGUCUGCUCCCUGUCAGAAUUACGCCACAUGCAGAGACCUGAUCAAUGCUUACGAGUGCAUCUGUGUCCCACAGUUCACAGGUAAGCACUGUGAGAUAUAUAAGGACCCCUGUCUGAGGCUCAGGUGCCAGAAUGGAGGACACUGUGACAGUGGAGAAAGAAACACAUCCUGUGUGUGUCCUCCAGGAUAUAUGGGCGACAACUGUGAGGUUGACGUCAACCAGUGUGAGAGUAACCCCUGUCACCAUGGCGGCACCUGCAUCGACCAAUCAAACGGCUACACCUGUCACUGCCCUCCCGGCUGGGUCGGCGGAAGCUGUGAGAUCCAUCUGCAGUGGAAGAUGGCUCAGCCGGUCGACUCGCUGACCAACAUGCCUCGUCACUCUCUGUACAUAAUCAUCGGCGCUCUGUGUGUGGCUUUCGUCUUGAUGCUCAUCAUCCUCAUCGUUGGCAUCUGUCGCAUCAGCCGCAUCGAGUACCAGGGCUCGUCCCGUCAUGCCUACCAGGAGUUUUACAACUGCCACAGUAUUGACAGCGAUUUCAGCAAUGCUAUCGCCUCCAUUCGCCACGCGAGGUUUGGGAAGAAAUCCAGACCAGCAAUGUAUGAUGCGACUCCCAUCAGUUAUGAAGAUUACAGCCCUGAUGACAAGCCUCUAGUCGCACUCAUUAAAACGAAAGAUUUGUGAGGCAAUACAUCUGCACACACACACACACACACACACUGCAAACACACAGUCACUAUUCCAGCCUUUAAAAUGAGUCAAUCCGUGCAGUAU